AUGGCGACGCACCGAGAAUGGUGCAUUCGUUUGGCAGGCAGGUUUUUCAUCUUAUCCUUAGCAAUAUUUCUCUAUAUUCGUGUAGUCCCUACUUCGGGAUUUAUUGCGGAUAUCUACGAAGAUCAUGCGAUUUCAUUUGAAAACGAAAUUUUAAAAAUAAAUCACACUGUCAAUAUUCAUGAGAACGCCACUCUGACAAUCCAACCUGGUGUAAACAUCAUGUUCUCAGGAAACGGUAGUUUCACUGUCCACGGAAACCUCGUUGCAAAUGGCACUGAAACAUUACCAAUUGAUUUAAGUUCAGAAAUUGGCCAGAAUUUUAGCAGUUCAGAAAUCAAUGGCAUUAGUUUACUAAGCUUGAGACUUGUUGAUGGGAACGGAUUUAGCACUGGGAGAUUGGAAGUCUUUCACGCAGGAAUUUGGGGAACUGUUUGCAACCAUGGCUGGAGCCAGAUAAACAGCAUUGUUGCUUGUCGUGAACUUGGGUUUUCAACGGGAACAUUUACAAGAGAACACAGAAAAGGAUAUGGAGAAAUAUGGCUGGAUGAUGUGGACUGUACAGAAAGUGAUCGUUCAUUGAAACUUUGCCAACACCUUGGAUUUGGCAUACACAAUUGUAGUAGGUUCUACAAGUGUUCUAAAUGUAUAUCUUACCUGCACUAG